UGUUCAAUCAUUAAACUUUUACAAGUCAUAGUUUGCAUUUAAAAAAAAAAUUAUUUUAAAAUUCAUAUAAAAUUAAAACGUCUCAAAUAUAACAUAAAUUUUGUGUGAUUUUUAAAAAGUUUUACUUCAAAAAUAUAACAAUAUGGACAGAUUACUUCGAUUAGGGGGUGCGAUGCCGCAGGCUCCGCCGACAGAUGCCCCAGUUGUUGACACAGCGGAGCAAGUUUAUAUAUCUUCUUUAGCUUUAUUAAAAAUGCUUAAGCAUGGUCGCGCUGGCGUUCCUAUGGAAGUUAUGGGUUUGAUGUUAGGUGAAUUUGUUGAUGAUUAUACAGUACAAGUAAUAGAUGUAUUCGCUAUGCCCCAAACUGGUACUGGAGUUUCCGUAGAAGCUGUUGACCCAGUUUUUCAAGCUAAGAUGUUGGAUAUGUUAAAACAAACUGGUAGACCUGAAAUGGUAGUAGGGUGGUACCAUUCGCAUCCCGGGUUUGGGUGUUGGUUAUCUGGUGUUGAUAUUAAUACACAGCAAUCUUUCGAAGCGCUAAGUGAACGAGCUGUUGCUGUUGUAGUUGAUCCCAUUCAGUCAGUCAAAGGAAAAGUUGUAAUAGACGCUUUUCGAUUAAUAAAUCCGAAUAUGUUGGUGUUAGGGCAAGAACCAAGACAAACAACAUCGAACUUGGGUCAUUUACAAAAACCCUCAGUUCAAGCGCUAAUUCAUGGAUUAAAUAGGCAUUAUUAUUCAAUAAGUAUUAAUUACAGAAAGAAUGAGUUGGAACAAAAAAUGUUACUCAACUUGCAUAAAAAAUCUUGGAUGGAUGGGCUUAAAUUGGCAGAUUACAAUGAGCAUUGUACGAUUAACGAGACAACUGUCGCUGAAAUGUUGGAACUAGCUAAAAAUUAUAAUAAGGCUUUGGAAGAUGAAGAAAAGAUGACACCUGAACAGCUUGCUAUUAAAAAUGUGGGAAAGCAAGAUCCCAAACGUCAUUUGGAAGAGAAGGUUGAUAAGGUCAUGCAAAACAACAUAGUUCAGUGUUUGGGUGCUAUGUUAGAUACAAUAGUGUUUAAGUAAUUUUGUGUUCUUUACCUUUUUGAUACACAACUCAUAAAUAAAAUUAUAAAAAAUGUCAAA